CGCCGCCGUUCGCCGGAGAUCCCAACGGCACUACUACAAUCACCGUCGUACCGUCCCAGUAUCUCCGGCGGUCAAUCGGUUCUUCAAGUCAAAACAAACAAACUUUCAGUGCAGUUACUUUAAUCAAUUAUACAUAAAACCGAUUUUGUUUUUGAUACUUUGGAAAUAAUAUUACUAGAGUGGUGCAGCCACGAUGCCAAGUGGUACUGAUUCAGAUUCGAUUGUUUAUCUUCACGGCGACCUCGAUUUAACGAUAGUCGAAGCUCGAUGUUUGCCAAAUAUGGAUUUGUUAACUGAGCGUGUGCACCGCUGCUUCACGAUCUUUGAUUGUUGUAAAUCACCUUUAUUGAAAAAAAGAAGCAAAUCGCAGCGCCGUCGUAAGAUCAUCACCAGUGAUCCUUACGUGACAGUCAGCGUUGGGGGAGCCACCGUCGCACGAACGCGCGUGAUAUCCAACUCUCAAGACCCUGUAUGGAACGAGCAUUUUAUCACGCCGCUGGCGCACCCGGUGUCUCAUCUGGAGUUUCAGGUUAAAGACAAUGAUGUUUUCGGAGCGGAUUUGAUCGGGAUCGUCGUCAUCUCUGCCGAGAGGGUAAUGUCCGGAGAGUUAAUCGACGAUUGGUUCCCGAUAAUUGGUCCGAGUGGUAAACCGCCAAAACCUAACGCGGCAUUACGGUUACAGCUCAGAUUCAUUUCUUGCGAUGAUCGGAACAAGGGAAAUGCACUUGGCAUCAAUGAGUUAUUUGACCUAAAAGAUAGUUAUUUUCCGGUGAGACACGGGGGAAAUGUGACAUUGUAUCAGGAUGCGCACGUCGGGGAAGCGCAGUUACCGGAGAUCGAAUUGGAUGGAGAGUGUAAAUUUUACAAGCAGAGAGGGUGUUGGGAAGAUAUAUGUCAUGCUAUCUUAGAGGCUCAUCAUUUGGUGUAUAUCGUUGGGUGGUCGAUUUACGAUAAGGUGAGGCUGGUUAGAGAGCCUAGCAAACCAUUACCAAGUGGUUGGGAUUUGACUCUUGGCGAGUUGCUCAAGUACAAAUCACAAGAAGGGGUGAGGGUUUUGUUGCUGGUUUGGGAUGAUAAGACGUCACACAACAAGUUCUUAAUCAAAACGGAGGGAGUUAUGCAAACUCACGAUGAAGAGACGCGGAAGUUUUUCAAACACUCCUCUGUCCACUGUGUGCUGUCACCUCGAUAUGCAAGCAAUAAGCUUAGCAUUUUCAAGCAACAGGUGGUUGGGACCCUCUACACCCAUCAUCAGAAAUGUGUUAUUGUGGAUACACAAGCCCAUGGAAAUAACAGGAAGAUAUCUGCCUUUCUUGGUGGUUUGGACCUUUGUGACGGACGCUAUGACACACCAGAGCAUCGUUUAUUUCGUGAUCUCGACACUGUGUUUGAGAAUGAUUACCACAAUCCAACAUUUACGGCAGGUACAAAAGGUCCAAGACAACCAUGGCAUGAUUUACAUUGCAAAAUUGAUGGUCCUGCUGCAUAUGAUGUGCUCAAAAACUUUGAGCAACGGUGGAGAAAAGCCACAAAAUGGUCCGAAUUUGGAAGGCGUUUCAAAAGAGUAUCUCAUUGGCAUGAUGAUUCAUUAAUCAAGAUAGAGCGCAUUUCCUGGAUACUCAGUCCUACGUCAACUAUCCCAAAUGAUGAUCCUGCAUUGUGGGUUUCUAACGAAGUAGAUCCUGAAAACUGGCAUGUUCAGGUUUUUCGCUCAAUUGAUUCUGGUUCUGUGAAAGGAUUUCCUAAGGAUGUUCGUCUAGCUGAAUCUCAGAAUCUAGUCUGUGCAAAAAAUCUGGUCAUUGAUAGAAGCAUUCAGAAAGCAUAUAUCCAAGCCAUAAGAUCCGCUAAGAACUUCAUCUAUAUUGAGAACCAGUAUUUCAUUGGGUCGUCAUAUGCAUGGCAUUCCUAUAGAGAUGCAGGUGCUGAUAAUUUAAUUCCUGUGGAACUGGCAUUGAAGAUUGCUAGCAAGAUAAGAGCAAAUGAGAGAUUUUCGGUUUAUGUGGUCAUUCCAAUGUGGCCCGAGGGUGUCCCUAGUUCAGCAUCUGCUCAAGAAAUUCUGUUUUGGCAGGCACAAACUAUGCAAAUGAUGUAUGAAGUAAUUGCUCGAGAGCUGAAGAAUUUGAAUCUUGAGAAUGCACAUCCACAAGACUACUUAAAUUUCUACUGUCUUGGUAACCGUGAACAAUGCGAGGACCAAGUGUCAAAUUCAGGCAGCCACAGCUCUUCUAAUGGUGGUGGUUCGAUUUCGGCUUCUCAAAAGCAUGGAAGGUUCAUGAUUUAUGUACAUGCUAAAGGGAUGAUAGUAGACGAUGAGUAUGUGAUAUUGGGGUCUGCCAACAUUAAUCAACGAUCUAUGGCAGGCUCAAGAGAUACGGAGAUAGCCAUGGGUGCUUAUCAGCCCCAUCACACAUGGGCUCAGAAGAAAAAGCACCCCCGUGGUCAAGUAUAUGGAUACAGAAUGUCACUAUGGGCAGAACACAUGGGAAAGGUCGAAGACUAUUACAAGGAGCCAGAAAGCUUAGCCUGUGUGCAGAACGUAAACAAGCUUGCAGAAGAUAACUGGAAUAAAUUCACAGCUGACGACUACACUCCCUUGCAAGGCCAUCUUCUCAAGUAUCCAAUCAAAGUUGAUGCGGAUGGAAAAGUAAGCUCUUUGCCCGGGCAUGAACAUUUCCCCGAUGUUGGUGGUAAGGUCCUCGGUUAUCCAUCCACCCUCCCUAAUGCUUUAACUACAUAGGUUUCAGUUUCAUCCAUAUUUUGUGAAUUUUUGGCUUUUCGUACAUAUGUACCAUUAAAAUCUCACAUGGAUUGAUGAAGCAUAUAUGCCGGGGGCGGGGAGGGGGUAUGCAUGCUUGUUUUUUGUCUGUUAGGUGGUUUAUGCACUGAAACCAUAAGAGUUGAGGUAAAUAUGCAUGUCAAUGAUGUUCCUUUUGUAAUUGUCAACAUGUACAUCCUGUUGUUUGAACACAUUGUUUCAUGAGAUCAAAAUGGUUGGAAAUAAAA